ACCAGAGAUAUAAAAAUAAUUCACUAUAUAGUUUGCUAACUCACAAUAAUAUGUGAAGUCAUAAUCUCCCAUUUUCGUGAGAAUUAUGGGUCUUAUGGCAAAACAUACAGGCCAUUCUUGCCUAUCAUAAAAAAAUAUAUUUGUAGGUACACACAUUUAAUACAUUUAUUUCUAUGUGCACAUUUGUUAUUGAUAAUAGAUACUCUAAUUCCACUCCCCACAAAUAUGGUGGCAAGGUUCAUUAAUUUCAAUAAUAAGCGACAAGCGUACAGCAAUCUAAUUUAUUAUCCAUACCCAUCUGUGAUUAUAACAUAAUAUUGUAAUGUACCUACCUACGAUUACAAUACACACAUAGUAAUAUGUGAACUCAUCAUAUACCAUACUCGCAUAUAGAUGGCACUAGUGAUGAAGCGGAGACACGUGUCAAGGUGUGCGGACAGUACCCGUUGAAGGCGAUCGGUGAACGCAAUCAGAACUUGCUGUCGCAUGCCGCGCACCUGAACGCGACCAUAUCGUGUCCGGCCGGACUGAGUCGGAUUGGGUCGACUACGCCAAACAACGUGCUGAACAUCACCAUGCAUGGCCUGUACAAUCCAUCGUUGAGCGGCCGUUGGCGUUACACUCGCGGCUCGGACACCACGUGUUCGGCCAUAUUGCACGUACCCUCCGCUAUCGACUCGGAAAUCCAUAGCUCCGUAUUUGAGCGUGGCACAUACACGGACGUAACAAGGGACGUAAACGAUCUGCGAUGGUUCAGCUUGGAUAACAUGCCGGCAACCGUAUCCACCACGGGUCAGAGGUUUGAGGAAUACAAUGGUGUAGAGGUGAAUUCGGCGAAAAUUCCUAAUCCAAAAGACGUACUGUUCAAAGGGCCCAGAUUCGAAUGGAAUCUAUGGAACCGAUUUCUCAUGAACGAAAUAUCGUCAUAUGCAUUACAAGACUUCAUUUUCAAACAAAGAUAUCUACUUGUCACAUUUGUAUUUAACGAAAUCAACCCCUUGAUGGUUAACAAUACUAGUAAAAUAUCCACACGGGCAUCAAAUACCUCAUCAAAUGCGAGCAACAAGAAUGAAGUGGUAUUUGUAGCCUUUUUGGACUUGUCGAUGUUGCUACAGCCAAAUUGUACUACAAUAAGAUGUUUUUCCAUCGUUCAUAAUAUUGACGUAGAAAUUGUAAAACAAAACGAAUUGUCAUUCAAAAACUUUGACCUUGGUAAACUCAUAAAGACAAAUAUCGAAGAAGAUUUAAAAAAGUCAAAAUCUAGAAUACCAGUGCUAGAAACGUCUGACAGUGGAGGAGUGUCCAGUCAAAUGUCAACCGAAUGGACAUUUCCUUUUGUAGUUGUUGACAUUUCCGUGGCUUAUUCACUUUACGAUCAGUAUUUAAAAUAUUUAACAACAAGUCAGAUCACUCUGAUGCAGAUGAAUCUUAUUCCUGAAAGCCCACAAGCUGUAUUAUGUAACCAGUCAAAGUUAAAUAAUUAUCAAGAAACUUUAAAAAGCAUCAUAGAAACGUUGAUAAAUAACUCGGAGAGAAUUAAUGAUCAAAACAGUGUAGAAAGAUACGUUAACGAACUUGAAAUGUCUGGAACUUACGAGUCAAUGCAUUCGUCGUUGUUCGGCGAAAUCCAGUUGUAUAUUCGAGAUAACUACGGAAGUCCAUUGAUCGGUGAAACGACUCAGAGUUUAGUAAAUCGUAUUUUCAUGGAUCUGGUAGACAAAAUGAAGAAAGCAGUGGAAUCAUUCGAGUUUCCGCAAUCUGGCGGUAUUGAUAACUUAUUACAAUUUGAUCGUGUGAUCGUUUACGCCAGAGAAGCAGACGAGAUGGAACAGGCGGAACGUGCCAAAAUAUUUUACUUUGACUUAAACUCUACAGCUGGUGCAAGGUGUAACCCGAACUACUGGUUAUUAUACGCUAGUUUAUGCUCAAGGCGACUAGAUUUCGAUACGGCUUUGGAGUAUGUCAAAGAAGUGUUACUAGUCGACAGUGGCAACCGAAUCGGGCGAGUUUAACAGGGCUAUAAACUAGUAUAGUUACUGUCACCGUAAAAAAACACUCGUUCAUAAUAUACAAAAACUUUAAAAAAAAAAACGAAAUCGACUGACAAAAAUCUAGCACAUAAUUUUUAUAAUCGUCACUUUCAAAAAAAAAAUAAAAAUACGUUGAUAUUUAUUCCGUCCGUAUUUUGUAUCGCACUAAUGAAAAAUAUUCGAAUUUUUUCGUCAUAUGUAUGAAAUAAAACAACCGACUUUCUUCUUCACAAAUUUAUUUACCAUAGGUACAGAUGUAUAAUUUUUUUUUCAUUCGAUUUGUGCGUACUCUGUAGUUACGUGCGUAAAUAGUUAGGUAUAUAUAAUUCCGAGAUGCAAAUUCACUGAAAUUAAUAUAAGCUCUGGUUGCGUUAAUGCUAAUUCCUUAUUAUUAUUUACUUAUUAUUAUUUACUCAGCAAUAACUUUCAAAUCAUAUCGCAAUAAUUCAUUCAUGCGGUUGCUCUAAAAAUGUCAAUACUUAUUAAACGGUUGAUACUUCAGUAAUAUUACUUAGGUACAUAAAAA